AUGACAAGGAAAGGAAAGAAGAAAACUCUAUCUAUUGAGCCAGCAAGUGCUGGGGUGGACGAGGGAUAUCAUAGUUCUUUGUCUAGCUGCAAUGUUCGAAAAAGUGCCAAAGAACGAUCCUCCCAUCAGAUUUGUCCCGAAUCCAUCAAGGGAAUCGAUGACAUGGGCCAAUUUUAUAGCUGCCACGACGAAUUGUUAUCCUUUCAAAAGGUCAAUCAAGAGGAAAUGUACAAGGCAAACUCGUUGUAUUGGGCUAAUGAAGGAUGCAACGGAAGCACCAAUGAGCAGGCCAUGGUUGGAGAUGAAGGCGGUCAAGAAGAUGCUGAGGAGGGCCUCGCCUUUUUAGAUCGCUUUCUUGCCCUUGAGACGACGAACCAAGACAAAGCGAUGAAGCAACCUUCUUGCUCACAUCAGAAUAAUCGCCGCCGACAACGUCGUCGUUUUGAUCAUGCCGUCGAUCUCGGUGCAGGAGUCGGCAGGUUGACUAAAUUGCUCCUGCUGAAACGAUACGGAGAAGUUCGACUUGUAGAAGCCGAUGGAGGAUGGUCCAAACGUUCGAGGAACUAUCUAGGAAGAAAGCGAUCUUCUCGAUGCAGCUUUAGCCACCAACGCCUCGACACGUUGACCAAGGCGGAUGUACAAGGCUGGGGAGAACCAGCCGAUCUCAUGUGGGUCCAAUGGACCUUGCAAUAUCUCAUUGAUACCGACGUGGUCGACUGUCUGAAAGUCUUGGCCGGUGGGCUGCGGGAAGGAUCAGGAGUUUUGAUUGUCAAGGAGAAUCGUCCAUAUGGAACGCAGCGGGAAGAUAGGUUUCAAAUGGACAUGCCACAGGGGGGCAAUGAGAGGUAUGACAUCACAAGAACUGAUAACCAUCACCGAUUACUCUUUCAUCAAGCUGGUUUGAAGGUUUGCUAUACCGAGCGUGGUGAGGAAACCAAUGUAUACGCAUUGACUGUUAUGUGA